AAAAGAACACGCCCCUCGGCCCCAGAAGUGCAACUUCAUUUAGCAGCUCCCACCAGAAGGAAACUGCAAGUCUGAAACUGGCUGCGACUUCCCCAGCUGGCUUGGCUGCUGGCCACAGCGGGUGGAGACGCCAAGAGGGAGUAAUCCAGCUUCAAUUUCUUCCUCGGCAGUGGGACUGUGCAUCUUGGGAUUCGAGAAGCAGCGGGAGCCCGGGUGGCCAACCUGCUGCCUUGCUGCAUGUGAAGCUUGUUUGAAGUCAUGUCAAGAAGGAAAGUCAACUAAAUAAGCAUUUUGCAGGCAUAUAGAGAUGCAAUGGAGGUAGAGUCCAGCACAUACACCGACUUUAUUUCCUGCGAUCGAGCUGGUCGGAGGAACGCCGUCCAUGACAUCCAGCGAGAUGCAAGCACCAUCAGCAUGCGCAAGCUGACCGAGGACCUAGGUGACCUUGCCGUUGAAGGAGCAGAAAGCCAAAGAGAUGCCACUUCUUCUGAGAAUGACCCUGGAGCAAGACCAAAGGGGCAAGAAAACAGCCCCUCUCCGUGACAGUGUACAAGGGGUGGGAUGGGCAGGAGGAGGGCCUGGCUGUGAACAUUAAACAAGAAUUUGCUAUUGAAUCUGUGGACAAAACCCAGCCUGGAACAGCAAGUUGUCUGUCAAAUGCCUCUGCUGCAACCAUUUUUGUUCAGAGAGCCACAAGAUGCUGUGCAAGGACUGGCACCUCCAAAACACUUCUCUUCCCAUCCCUAACGAUUUAGAAGAACACUGCCACGGUUGUCAUGAUGUGAGCCACUCUCAAGAUGCCUUAGCUGCAAUUUUCCCCUAGGGGAAAACCAAUUUCAGUAAUAAUAGACACAUCAGACUUUCCUGUCAGAGGUACCUUCUUUUUUUUUUUUUUUUUUUGCAAAUUUAAACUAUUAUUUAUUCUGUUUCCAUACAUUAGCCAUUUAGAUUAUUGUUUUUUCUAACCCUCACCCUCACCUGCAUCUUAGACCUCACUUGGCCUCUGGACUGUCCAUGUGGCCUUCAUCAGGGUGGGCAGUGGGGAAGGGACCUGGCCAGUCCCACUGCCUUCAUGUCAAGCACCACUCACCUGUGCUGCUGCCACUUAGCAUCAGGAAAGGACCAAAGCACAGCCCUAUGUGGCCGAGCUCCACCCACAGACCCAGCAGCACCAGCCGCAGGCAUCUUAUCCUUCAGGUUACAGUAUUUUAAGAUAUUGUUAAGGGGAGGGGAGAAACAUUUCGCUGGUUUGACUGUUGAAAUUCUGGCUUAACUUUGCAAGCUGUUAGCUUUGAUGAUCUCUGGUAGGAUCUCACACCAUUCUCUCUUUUAGGAGAUGUUUUGUGUUAAAGAUGGUUUGAUAAAACUAUAUUAGCUGUUGGAAUAAAUAACACAGCCUUUAAGUA